AUGUCGCCACCAACUUCACCCCCAAAGAACCGCAAGCGGAAGCAUGAUCCCUUCCUCGAGCUGGCAAAAACCCCCAUCUCCACGCCUCUCCCCUCUCCCGACUCGGAAAGAGCCAUUGCUGAAGAAGGCACAACCUCCCUGGCAAGAACAGUGAUCUUCCUCACGCCUCUGAUCGUCACCUCCUUCAUUCUCUCGCUCUUCAUCGUCAAUCGUCGUCAACGUGCCUGGCGUCUCGCUGAGCAUCCUCCUCUCCAGGGCACAAGGGCGUGGCUGUCGCAAUGGUCGCCCUGGAAAUGGCUGGAUCCAGAACCUUACCAAGACCCAAACGACUCGACGUGGCAAAAUGCUAAUGCCAGCAGCACGGCGACGGGCGACGGUGGCAUACCGGGGGUGGACGGACAGGCGAUGGCACAGAAGUACAAGCCGGGGCAGGGACAAGGCUGGCAUCGGAGAAAGAAGCACCGGAAGAUGGCCAAGCUGGAAUUUAGUGAGGCAUUCGACAUGCAGUGGCAGGUUUUGAUGACGCUGGCCGUGGCCUGGGCCUUAGUGGUCGUGAUCUUCUUCUGGGGAGCGAAGAAGGUCAUCUCGUCGGCAUGGUGA